GUUAACUUCAUCGGCAUUUUCAAAAUUGAAACAUACUCGGCGGGAGAACUUAAACUCAUCCUUAUCAGGAAUCAUGAAGGCUUUUAAUUUAAUUUCCUUGAUAUCCCUGAUCUUAUUAAUUACCUUUGUAAACUGUAACGAAGACGUUCCCGUGGAAGAUCCUCUAGAGAAACCUAAAGCCAAUGAACAAGAAUCGUACUCAACUUCAGAUCAAAAUCAAAAGGAAGAGGUUCCGACGAGUUCUCCCGAGCAAAACACUGAACAAGUAAAAGAUUACAAACUAGGAUCUCUUUGUAACUACUGUAGCUACUGCAAGUUUUGUAAGCUUUGUGAUAAAGAUUGUCCGUGUGAAACCAGCAAAAAGAGACCUAACUGUCACUUGUGCAAGUAUUGCAAGUACUGUUUCCUGUGUAGCACUUGUGAUGUUGCAUGUACACCAGGAGGGAUGCUAGAUACUAUUAGUUCAGCUAUUUACAGUUCCCUUCCAUCUUUUACCAAGAAGGAGCAGCAGGAAGUAGAUAAAGACAUUGAAAAGGCAAAAGACUGGAUUAAGGAAUACCUUUAAAUCAUCCAGACUUCAUCUUACUUAUAUAUUCCUAAUUCUAUAUCUUCUUGGCAUUCAUACAUUGUAAUGAUUAAGAGCCCAAGCUUUUCAGCAUGAUGUUAAUUUCUGGAAAACUACUUCCAGGUCCAAACUGACAAGCAGUUCUAUUAUAAAGGUUUUUCAUUUUCAUGAGAGUAAAUGUUGUCUAUAGUUCUAAUAUUGUUUCAAAUGUAGGUUAAUUCAUUUUUCACUUCAUUUAAGUGGGAUUUUGUAAGCAUGCAGUUGGACCUGGAAAUACGUCACUAACAACUUAAAAGCUCUAUUGACAUGCUACUAACAGAAUGUUUUGUAUGACAAACUGCCAUGCUUCUUUCAAAUAACUUGGCCAUGCACUCUUAAUUCCGUACAUUUUGUAUGUUUAGCCAGGAAUUAUCAAUAAAGACACAACAAAUGAUUCUUCUAAAACAUA